AUGGAAUCAAGCCCUGUACAGCGACUGAUGAAUAGGCGAACGCGAACUCUACUGCCAACAACCAAAGCCCUUUUGGAGCCGCGAACAACCCGCCCAGACCAAGAUAUCAAAGACUUGAGCAAGCGACAACAGCAACAGUCUAAGUAUUACAACCCCCACACCCGUGCUCUAACCCCACUUGAUAAAGGGGAUGUUGUACGAAUGAAACCCUUCCAGUUAGGAUCCAAGGUGUGGAAAAAAGCGACAGUUGCAUCGCGACUUGACGAACGAUCCUAUAUUGUUGAAACGGCAAACGGAGAGACAUACAGAAGAAACAGAUUCCACCUAAAGAAAAGCAAGGAGAACGCAGAGACUCCUGAACCAGAAGUUACGCCACGAAGCCCUGAACCUUCACCAUCAAAGACUACUACCUCAACGAACGGCGCAGCACCUAUUCCUGAAAUCCCCGCUCCUGCAGCGCCACCAGCACGACCACAACGAACACGACGACCUCCUGUAUACCUGAAGGAUUAUAUCCAAAAAUAG